CAUGCGUACAAACUGCGGCGAUUUCCACUGGAAGAAACACGGGACAAGAAACGGGACGGACGAUGGAACAACUGUUAUUAUCGUUAAAUUUAGUCUUUAUAACAGCUUGUGUGACCGCUAUCACCGAAAAUAUGACGUUACGUGUCGUGUGAGUGCUUCGUGAGACUAGUCCGGCUUUUUUUUACGCGUAGAGAAAGAAACAACGAAAAAGUUUUGAUAGGAAAUAGAGCAGGGCGGCUGGGAAGCGACAGUCAUGGAAGGAUUCGGAUCGGCGUUGGAGAAAAACGUGGCGGAUUUAACCGUUAUGGACGUGUACGACAUAGCAGCUGUGGUGGGCCAGGAGUUUGAGCGGAUUAUAGAUCAAUACGGGUGUGAAGCGUUGGCGAGACUCAUGCCGAAAGUCGUGCGGGUUUUGGAGAUUUUAGAGGUGAUGGUGAGCCGCAACAGCAUCAGUCCAGAGACCGAGGAGCUGAGAUUAGAGCUGGAUAAACUUCGACUGGAGCGACUGGACCGCCUGGAAAAGGAAAAGAAGCACAAAAAGGAGCUGGAGUUGGUCGAGGAUGUGUGGCGAGGGGAAGCCCAAGACUUGUUGUCUCAGAUUGCCCAGCUGCAAGAGGAAAACAAGACCCUCCUCAACAACCUGUCAGUCAAGGACUACCCAAUGACAGAGGAGGAUGUUCAGAGACAGGAAGGUAUGUCAGAAAGGGAGAGGCAAGUGAUGAAAAAGUUAAAGGAGGUGGUGGAUAAACAGAGGGAUGAGAUUCGCGCCAAGGAUCGAGAACUAACGCUGAAGAACGAAGACAUUGAAGCACUGCAGCAGCAGCAGAACCGGCUGAUGAAGAUCAACCACGAUCUGAGGCAUAAGAUCACAGUGGUGGAGGCGCAGGGCAAGGCCCUGAUCGAGCAGAAGGUGGAGCUCGAGGCGUUCGCCCAGGCCAGGCAGCAGGAGCUGGUGAGCCUGAGGCAAGAGGUGGCAAGACUCAGAGAGCGUCUUCAGGGAGAGAAGAAAAGCCCCGAAACCGAGGAGCCACCUGCUCCACCAUCACCUGCACAAAAUUUAUUUUCCGAGCUCAAGCAAUCGUGCGAUCCUCCGACGUCCCUGGCUACACGUAACCGCCGCUUGCUUCCAGACGAUGAAGAGGCGGAGGUGCAGGAUGAGGAUGAUGAUGAUGAGGAGGAAGAGGCUGUGUUGUUAUGGGAGGCCUUGUCUGAGGAAGAAGCGGCUUUCGAUCCCAAAGAUCCGAACCGACCGCGUUUCACUCUGCAAGAGCUGCGAGACGUCCUGCACGAGAGGAAUGAGCUGAAGGCCAAAGUGUUCAUGCUGCAAGAGGAAAUUGCCUAUUACAAAAGUGACGAGCAGGAAGACGAUGCACACCCGCCUACUCCGGACCCUUCGCCUAUACUCAGGCCUCGCUCCCGAACCAGCGUCCAGCCAGAGUCUGGCAUAAAGCGCUUGUUUAGCUUCUUCUCCCGGGACAAGCGGCGCAGCUCGCAGAGAGGCAUGGCGCAGUACGACGACAGUUUCAGCACCUGGUCCCGCAAAGACGACGUGUACACAGAGCAAGCGCAAGAAGCUUUACAGCACAUGUAACCCACAGCACUGAACACUGACAAAAGCACAAAGCCCCCGCUAAUCAAUAACAAAAACCCACAAACCUUCCACCACCACCCUCCGCAAACUCAUGGACAAUGCAUACAGUAGACGCCACAUUUUCACCCAGCAAGCUCUUAUUAGCAGAUUAAAACAAAAAGGGAAACACAGAUCAGAAUCAGGUUUAUUGGCCAAGUGUGUUGACACACAAAAGGAAUUUGGUUCCAGCUGUUUGUGACUCUCAGAAGUACAGACGUACAACAUUUCCAACGAUGACGUCGACUCAGAAGAUGGAGAUGACAGGCUUUGUUUUGAUGUGCGUGUUUGGAAUUUAGGAUCAUGCUCGCAGUCAUGAGGACAGCAAAGGAGGCCACGUUGAUGUUCCUUGAGAAGCGUUUAGAUCGAUAAGGGAGCGGUAACAUGUUCGGAAAUUCAAAUUGAAUAAUUAAAUGAUUCAGUGCCCAAUGAAAGCUAAGGCGGUUUUUAUUGUUGUAAAGAAUAUACCCAUAAUGGGGCGGUGCAUCGCCAUUGAGAGGUGGUGUUUUCUAGGUUUAAACCGAAAUUUUGCACAAGUCAGUGGGGGAGAGGAAAAAAGAUAGAUAAAUAUGUUAAUACUAAACUCCGCUAUAGAAAAGAGGAGCGUCUGGACUCUCCAGACUCUCGCAAGAUGUGCAUCACCAGCUGUUCUGCAUUCUUCUGACAUGUGGUGCUUUAUACCAGCAGUCGUAGAGCUGUUUAGUGAAAGCAUGCAGCAUAUUGACGAAAGCUUCUUUGUGAGCAUGGAAUCCUCCUCAGUGAGUUUACGCAUUAUUUACAAAAAUAUUAAUAACAUAUGCAUCCUUGUGUGGUUUGUAAAAGAUUUCAGGACUUUAGCAACAAUGAAUGUUUCUCACUACAGAUCUUUAAUGAAGGAUAAUGAACGCUGCAUAAUUUCAUCUCAUGGAAAAUUAAAAUAUUUUAUACAUCGCA